AUGGCAUCAGUUGCGUCCGGUUUUGGACGCGUGACCUUUGAGCAAUUUCCAGAAGAGCCAUGGUUUAGUAGACCUACCAAGCUACCUUCGGCAGCCCGGGCAGAUCGGCAAGCCUUCCCAGAGCGCCACAAAUCUUUGCUCCCUGGACCGCCGCCACUAGCCAAGUCUCAAAGCCUAUAG